AUGUUACCGGCUGAUGUCGAUGUCCAAGACCGGAGCUUUGUUCCCAUGGAAGAUCUGACGUGCACUGUCAAGGAUCAUACCUCUGAAGAGAUUGAAGGAACUGGUACAAGAAGACAAGAAGCACACCAUACAGACAGGAACCAGAUGAAGAAGCUCUUCAAAGACCAGAAGGAUGCGCGAAGAAAGAUUGAUGAAGACAUGGCCGCCACAUCAGCCCAAAAAGAGGCACACAUGGCAAGAAUCCAACUGCUCGAAAAUGAGCUCUCUGAGGCACAGGCAGCGCGCAAAGCAAGCGAUGGAGCUAUGGCAGCUCUGCAUGAGCGACACGAACAGAUGCAAAAGCUGCUGGACAACAGUCGAAUUGAGAACGAAGAAGUGAGAAAGAAGCUGAAGACGCUUGGUACCAGCAGCGUUAAAUACGCCCGCCUAUGGAAACAGAGGGCGCGAGCAGAACGAGACAGACGGUCAGAGGCGGAAGACAAGCUUAAAGAAGAAUGUGCUCGCACAGAAGCCAGGAUGCAGAAAGCGCGAGCAUUCUACACAAACCAGAAAGAGUUGCUCGAGAUACAGGUUGCAGAAUGUCCGGAAGAAGAGAAGGAGUCGAUUAUGGAAGCAUUCAAGGCAGAGUAUGGAGAGCUUUGCCCAGAAUGA